GGCUUUUCAUGACGAAGUGGUUUUCGUGUCCGAGAAGACAGGAAGAUACAACACCGUGGAAAAGGUCUUUAUUGAUCAGGCUCAACGUUUGGCCCUACAGAGGGAGAUAGACAAAGAGUCCCAGUCCACGGUUUCAGUCAGAUCACUGAUGGUCCAAGCUGACACAGGCAACAGGCACAUUACCAUGAAGAAGACGAACAAGAAGAGUGGGAAGGACACCCACGCUGAGGAUGAGAUCUCAGAAAACACUUCCAUAAACCAGGGGAAUAGCGAAAGAGUGAAGAAGAAAAAGAAGAUGAAAGUAGAGACUCUGGUAGAAGAAGAGCAGGUUUCAUCCAAUGGGGAAUGGGGGAAUACGGAAGGAGAGCAGGUUUCAUCCAAUGGGGAAUGGGGGAAUACGGAAGGAGAUCAGGUUUCAUCCAAUGGGGAAUGGGGGAAUACGGAAGGAGAGCAGGUGAAACAGAAAGGAAAGAAGAAGAAGAAGAAGUUGUUGUCUGGGACUGACACCAACGGUGAGGAAGUCAUGACUAAUGGAAAUGACGGAGGAGGGUGCGGCCAGGAGAAGAAGAAGAAGCAGAAAGGUGUUAACACUGUUAAAACGGAGCUAGAGACAGAACACAGUGGAUUAAAGGAUGAGAAAGGAGUAGUGGAAAAUGGGCAGAAGCUGAAAAAAAAGAAGCUCUCUCAGGCAGAAGAGACAGAGAUCAGCGUUGUCAAGGUAGAGGAAGGAGGGGUGAUAGAAAUAAAGAAAGGCAAGAAAACGAAGGGAAAGACAGAGGAAGAAAAGAAAGUGAAAAAGAUCCCUAAAGCUGCUGAACCAACUGAGGAGAGUCAGGAGGAGGAAGAGGGGGAGAUGAAGAAGAAGGGUAAGAAGAGAGCAGUCACUGAGAAAGGAGAGAUGAAAGAGAAAGAGUGCGGAGAGGCAGAGAAAGAAGUGGUAGUAAAGAAGAAGAAGGGAGCUGAGGCUACAGCAGCAGUACAGGAGGAGGAACAGAAUGACACCAAAAAGAAGAAGAAUAAACCCAAGUCCUCCAGCAACGCUGCAGACAUCACCAUGGAGACGGAGAGAAAGGAGGAGGGCAAGAAGAAGAAGGGAGCUGAGGCUACAGCAGCAGGACAGGAGGAGGAACAGAAUAACACCAAAAAGAAGAAGAAUAAACCCAAGUCCUCCAGCAACGCUGCAGACAUCACCAUGGAGACGGAGAGAAAGGAGGAGGGCAAGAAGAAGAAGGGAGCUGAGGCUACAGCAGCAGGACAGGAGGAGGAACAGAAUGACACCAAAAAGAAGAAGAAUAAACCCAAGUCCUCCAGCAACGCUGCAGACAUCACCAUGGAGACGGAGAGAAAGGAGGAGGGCAAGAAGAAGAAGGGAGCUGAGGCUACAGCAGCAGGACAGGAGGAGGAACAGAAUAACACCAAAAAGAAGAAGAAUAAACCCAAGUCCUCCAGCAGCGCUGCAGACAUCACCAUGGAGACGGAGAGAAAGGAGGAGGGCAAGAAGAAGAAGGGAGCUGAGGCUACAGCAGCAGGACAGGAGGAGGAACAGAAUAACACCAAAAGAAGAAGAAUAAACCCAAGUCCUCCAGCAGCGCUGCAGACAUCACCAUGGAGAUGGAGAGAAAGGAGGAGGGCAAGAAGAAGAAGAGAAAGGCCUCUGCACUAACAGAGGAGGAGGAGGAUGUGUUGGUGGUGGACAAGCGGAAGCCCAAACAUAUGAAAAGGGUGGAUAUGACAGGAGUAGUGGAACAGGUGGAGGACGGAGAGAGCGAGGAAGGAAAAAGAAGGUGAAGAAGAGCUCUGAGGUAGAGACAGAAAUGGAGGACAGCACCCCUCACCAGAAAGGGAAGAAGGUUAUGACGAAGGGGAAAAAGAAGAUAAAGGUGGAGAGCUGCGACCCUGAAUACCAGGAGAGGGACCAGACGGAUGUGGUUUUCCUGUCAGAGACCAGGGGAAACGCCUUCGAGAUCAAUAUUGAUCAGGUAGAUCACUAACAACCCAUUAGAUCUAUUUGGAUCCUGUGAAUCCCACUUGCCAGUCCACCAAUCCAACUCUGUCACUGUGAGAAAG